AAGGACCUGUUCUUAAUUUCCUCCCAGAUCCGCUCUCCACAAUUUGAGGAAUACAAUGGCAUCUGGCCCAGGGACCCCUUUACUCGAUCUUCCAAAAUCACCCAGGUGGUUUCUUCAUGUUUUGCCCGGCCCUUCAAGUUUGAAUACAAUAGUGGACGGAUUGGAAACAUUUAUGGCCCAGAAGACUGCCCCGAUACGUGCAUUAACAUAGUGAGAGGAAUCCUGAACAUGAUGCAGAUAACCAUUAAAAAGUCGCAGAACGUGUAUGAAUUGCAAGAGGCUGGGAUUGGAGGUGUUUGCCAUACACGGUACAUCAUCCAGGAAGACAAGAAGAACAGCCGAGUCUCUGUUACCAAAACCGUAGACCAAAAUAAUUGCCAGGAAAAAGUGAAGAAGAGUAUUGGAAUGGCUUACAUCUAUCCUUGUCCUGUCGACAUGAUGAAAGCGAGGCUCAUUAAAGGGACUGCGGCUUUCUCCUACAAACUGAAGCAGUCGGACAGCGGUACCCUCAUCACAGAAGUGGUGUCGCAGCAGGUGUAUCAGAUCUCACCGUUCAGUGAACCCACCGGUGUUGCUGUCAUGGAAGCAAGACAGCAACUCACCUUGCUCGAAGUGAGAAGCGAACGGGGGAGUGUCCCAGACAUCUCCAUGCAGAGCUACGGAGGCCUUCGUUACCAGUUCCCAUCAGCAUUGCCACAGAUGCCACUGCAGCUCAUCAAGACAAAAAACCCUGAGCAACGGAUAGUAGAAACACUGCAACACAUAGUCCUGAAUAACCAACAAGAUUUCCACGAUGAUGUUCCGUACAGAUUCCUGGAGCUUGUCCAGCUCUGCCGGGUAGCCAGCGCUGAUACUCUUGAGUCCAUCUGGAGACAAUUUUCAGAUAAACCGCGCUACAGGCGAUGGCUGCUGAGUGCAGUUUCUGCGACAGGCACGGCAGAAGCGCUCAAAUUCAUCAAGACCAGAAUUCGCAAUGAUGAACUUAACUACCUUCAGACUCUCCUAAGUGUUUCUUUUGCUCUCCAUUUAGUGAAAGCUGAUGAAGACACUGUUCCAGUAGCAGCAGAUUUAAUGACCAGCUCUCGGAUUCAGAAAAGCCCCAUCCUUCAGCAAGUUGCCUGCUUGGGGUACAGUUCUGUGGUCAACAGAUACUGUUCUCAGACCUCGGCUUGUCCUAAAGAAGCUCUUCAGCCCAUCCACGACCUGGCAGAUGAAGCGAUCAGCAGGGGCCGUGAAGACAAAAUGAAAUUAGCUCUGAAGUGCAUCGGUAACAUGGGAGAACCAGCCAGCAUCAAGCGCAUCCUGAAGUUCCUUCCCAUAUUUUCAUCCAGUGCUUCUGAUCUCCCCAUCCACAUUCAGAUUGAUGCCAUAAUGGCCUUGAGAAAAAUAGCUUGGAAGGACCCCAAAACAGUGCAGGGAUAUCUCAUUCAGAUCCUUGCAGACCAGUCGCUGCCCCCCGAAGUGCGAAUGAUGGCUUGUGCUGUCAUCUUUGAGACGAGGCCUGCCCUUCCGCUGAUAACGACGAUCGCUAAUGUGGCGAUGAAGGAGACCAAUUUGCAAGUCGCCAGCUUCGUCUAUUCCCACAUGAAGGCUUUGUCGAAGAGCACUUUUCCGUACAUGUACAACAUAUCUUCAGCUUGCAAUAUCGCCCUCAAGCUGCUGGCCCCCAAAAUGGACAGGCUGAGCUAUCGGUAUAGCAAGGUCAUGCGUGUUGGUCAUUUCUUUGAGAACUAUAAGGUUGGUGCUGCUGGAGAAGUCUUUGUUAUGAACAGCCCAGGAACGAUGUUCCCAUCGGCAAUAAUUUCCAAGCUGAUGGCACAUUCUGCAGGGUCCGUGGCUGAUUUGGUGGAGGUUGGUGUCCGCGUGGAAGGCCUCACAGACGUCAUCAUGAAACGAAAUAUCCCGUUUGCUGAAUAUCCCACGUACAAAAAGAUAAAGGAGAUUGGGAAAGCUCUGCUGGGAUGGAAGGAGCUACCAACAGAAACCCCCUUGAUAUCAGCCUACUUGAAACUGUUUGGCCAAGAGCUGGCUUAUGUCAACAUCAACAAGGAAGUCCUGCAGCAGGCUGUGAAGACUGUGCUAGAGCCCGCUGACAGGAACACGGUGAUGAAAAGAAUCGCCAGCCAAAUCCGCAGUGGCAUUGCAGGACAGUGGACGCAGCCGGUGUGGCUGGGAGAGCUGCGCUACGUCAUUCCUACCUGCACCGGUCUGCCGCUGGAGUACGGGUCGUACACGACUGCUCUGGCACGUGCGGCGGUCAGUGUUGAUGGAAAGAUGACCCCCCCUUUUACCGGGGAUUUUAAACCUUCCCAAUUGCUUGAAUCCACCAUACAGAUUCGGUCUGACAUAAGCCCAAGCUUGUACGUACAUACAGUCGCAACAAUGGGGGUCAACACGGAGUACUUCCAACACGCUGUUGAAAUUGAAGGCAAGGUCCUGACAAAGGUGCCAAUGAAGUUUGACGCCAAGAUAGACAUGAAACUGAAAAAUAUUAAGAUUGAAACAAGUCCGUGCCAUGAGGAAACCGAGAUAGUGGUUGGAAGACAUAAGGCUUUUGCUGUGUCAAGAAAUAUAGGAGAACUAGGUAUUGAAAAGAGGACCUCAAUUCUCCCAGGAGAUGCUUCAUCAAAUAUUGCGGAAGAACCUUUCAAACCAUCAGAGAGAGCUUCCAGUGAAGAUUUCACAACGCAGGGAGCUGACAGCACGCCACAGAAACAUGACUAUAGCUCUCAAGAGGAUCUUCGCCAUGGCACGGGAGGAAAAACUCAUAAACGAGACAUUUGCAUCAAACUGCAUCGUCUUGGUUGUCAGCUCUGCUUCUCCAGAAGGUCACGAGAUGCCAGUUUCCUAAAAAAUACGUAUUUGCACAGAUUAAUUGGAGAACAUGAAGCUAAAAUAGUCUUGAUGCCAGUUCAAACAGAUGCUGAUAUGGACAAAAUUCAGCUGGAGAUUCAGGCAGGAUCCAGAGCAGCUUCCAAAAUAAUUGACGUGGUAAAUUCAGAGUCUGAGGAAGAGGAGGAGACAUCUCCAUACGACGACAUUCGAGCUAAACUGAAGAAGAUUCUAGGCAUUGAAAGUGUGUUCAAGGUUGCGAAUAAAACACGACGCCAGAAGAAGCAACCUUCUAAGAAAGGAAACACUAUGCUAACAGAGCUUGGGACAGACCCCAGCGGAAAAAAACCCGUCAGCUCAUCUUCUGCCUCCUCAAGUGUCUCCUCUUCUUCCUCAUCUGCUGCUUCACCUGAUCGCAAAAAGGCUGUGGAUGAAGAUGAGAAUGAUAAAGUAAAGCAAGCGAGAAACAAAGAUGCAAGCAGCAAGAGCAGCAGCAGUAGUGGCAGGAGCAGCAGUAGUAGUAGCAGCAGCAAGAGAAGUGGCGGCAGCAGCAGCAGUAGUAGCAGCAAGAGAAGCAGCAAAGGUAGUAGUAGCAGCAGCAGUAGUAGGAGGAGCAGCAGUAGCAGCAGCAGCAAAGGUAGUACAUCAAGGCCCCAUAGCCAUGGGCAUCCCUCGGGACAUCUGGAAGGUGGCGGCAGCAGCAGCAGCAGCAGAGAUUCCAAAAUCUGGGAAGUGCAUGAGGUCUAUCAGUAUCGCUUUAGAUCAGCGCAUAGGCAAGAGUUCCCCAAAAGGAAACCCCCAGCUGACCAACUUAGCAGCACGUACUCCUCUCCCAGAUCCAGUCAUGCCUCCUCUCGAGCUGCUUCCCGGACCAAGUUUUUAGGAGAUGUCAAAACACCAGUAUUAGCUGCUUUUCUUCACGGCAUUCGUAGCGAUAAGAAGAUCGGAGGCCUCCAGCUCGUGGUUUAUGCUGAUAUUGACUCCAUCAGGCCCCGGAUGCAGGUAUUUGUGUCGAACCUCACGGAUUCAAGCAAGUGGAAGCUCUGUGCCGAUGCCUCAGUCCUCAACGCUCACAAGGCAGCGGCUUACCUGAAAUGGGGCCGGAAUUGCCAGGACUACAAGAUUUCAACUGAGCUGGUAACCGGGCGGUUUGCUGCCCACCCUGCUGUACAAGUGAAACUGGAGUGGCCUAAAGUUCCUUCGAGUGUCAGAUCCGUAGCAGAAUGGUUUUACAAGUUUGUCCCCGGGGCUGCGUUUAUGCUGGGGUUCUCUGAAAAAACGGACAAGAAUCCUUCUCGACAAGCCAGGGUGAUCGUGGCUCUAACUUCUCCGAGGACAUGUGACGUUGUUAUCAAGCUUCCUGAUGUGAUCCUCUAUGAAAAAGCCAUGAGGCUUCCCCUGUCACUCCCCGUAGGUCCGAGGAUACCAGCUUCAGAGCUGCAGCCUCCCAUCUGGAAUGUCUUCGCUGAAGCCCCCUCUGCGGUGCUCGAGAAUCUGAAAGCUCGCUGCUCUGUUUCCCACGACAAGAUCACAACCUUUAACGAAGUCCAGUUUAACUACACAAUGCCGGCAAACUGCUACCACGUCUUGGCUCAGGAUUGCAGCUCUGACCUGAAGUUCCUGGUGAUGAUGAGGAGUGCUGAAGAAGCCAUGAACCUGAAAGCGAUCGACGUCAAGCUUGGCAGCCAUGACAUCGAGAUGCGUCCUGCGAAUGGCCGGGUGAAGCUGCUGGUAGACGGGGUUGAAAGUCCCACGGCAAAUGUUUCCUACAUAUCUGCUGGUGCUCCUCUGUGGAUCCACAGUGAAAAGCAAGGGCUUGUCCUUGUUGCCCCGGCCUACGGCAUUGAUAAACUGUACUUCGACGGAUACACGUUCAGGAUUCAAGUUGCUUUAUGGAUGGCAGGGAAAAUGUGUGGAAUGUGUGGAAAAUACGAUGCAGAAUGUGAACAGGAAUAUCGGAUGCCCAACGGAUAUCUAGCUAAAGAUGCAGCGAGCUUUGGGCAUUCUUGGAUUUUGGAAGAAAAGCCUUGUACAGGAGCCUGCAAACUGCGACGCUCGUUCGUGAAGCUCGAGAAGACGGUUCAGCUUGCGGGGGUAGAGUCCAAGUGCUAUUCGACAGAGCCCGUGCUGCGCUGCAUGAAAGGAUGCUCCGCCACCCAGACUACUCCAGUCACUGUUGGAUUCCACUGUCUCCCAGCCGAUUCGGCCACCAGCCUGACGGACAAACAGACAAAGUUUGACCAGAAGUCGGAGGAUAUGCAGGACACAGUUGAUGCCCACAUAGCAUGUUCCUGUGAGAACGAAGACUGCAGUGCGUGA